CGAAGAAUGCAACGAGGAAACGCAACGCAGAAGAGCAGCUGGCCUUUGCCAUUAUGGUUCUCACUUGCCGUGAACUUGUAUGUGAUCAUUUACUUGAUGUACCAAUCGCAUCCAAAGCAUGCUGUGGACAUGGAAGUAGGUUCGCGUUCGCAUCGGAAGCUCGUCACGGAGCUUCCCGCGCACAAUGCGCGUUCCACACCCGCCAUCGGCACCAGGCAGCCACCGCCUCAACCUUUAACAUACGCUUUGGCAUCGGACACAGGAUCCCUGUUUGGGGGCUCGGGCUGGCCAUCGCUGACGCGGGCGAGCGCAGAGGUGUGGGCAGCGGGCACGCUCGGCGCGAACACCUCCCUUGCGGCGGCCGUUGAAGGGGCCCUGCAGCCGCAGGAGCGGGAGCAGCUAGCAGCGCUGUGUGGGAGAUGCCUGCACCAGACCAUUACCAAAUCAGUGGAAGUCCGCGGCAUCGGGCACAGCGUCUUCGUGGCCACGGGCGACAUCCCGGACGAGUGGCUCCGUGACGGCAGUGUGCAGCUGGCCGUGUACCUGCCCCGGCUGGCCGAGCACCCCGUGCUGCGCCAGCUCAUAGAGGGGGCCAUACGCACCCAGGCCUACUUCAUACUGUCAGACCCCUGGGCCAAUUCAUUCCGCAAGGACUGGGCAAAGCCCGAGGCGCUGCCCAAGUUCGACCGCCAGAUCGGGCGGGGCGGCUGGGUGGCCACACGCAACUUCGAGGUGGACAGCGGCGCCUACUUCCUGAACCUGCUGUGGAACUACGCCUCCACUCCCGGGGCGCUGUGGGGCGCCGCCGCCUUCCUCAACGACUCGCUGCUGCACGACGCGGCGGCGCUGAUGGUGGACACAUGGACGCUGGAGCAGCGGCACGAGGAGCGCUCACCGUACAGAUACGCCGAGCUGCCGCGGGAGGGGCGCGGCGCGGCCAGCAACUACACAGGCAUGCUUUGGUCGGGCUUCCGGCCAUCUGACGACCCCAACACGUACGGCUACAACAUCCCCGUCAAUAUGUACGCCGCGGGCUCACUGGAGCGGCUUGCGGCUCUGAACGAGCUGGUGUGGCGGGACGCGGCGCUGGGUGCGGCAGCGCGGCGACUGGCUGCGGACAUUCGGGCAGGCAUCGACAAGUUUGGAGUGGUGCCGGUGCCCGGCGACCCUGGCGGCGCGCGCAUGUACGCAUACGAGGUGGACGGGCUGGGCGGCGUGCUGGCCUCCUUCGACGACCCCAACAUCCCCUCGCUGCUGGCCAUGCCGCUGCUGGGCUACCCCCACUACGACCCCCAGCUGUACGCAGCCACACGCCGCCGCAUCCUCAGCCCCGCAAACAGCCACUACUUCCAGGGCUCGCAGCUGCGUGGCUGCGGCAGUCCCCACACGCCCACCAACUACGUGUGGAGCCUGGCGCACUGCGUGCAGGGACUCACCAGCCCAGACCCCGUGGAGCGGGCCGACAUGUUCAGGCAGCUGCUCCAGAUGCAGGGCGACAACGGGCUGAUGCAUGAGAGCAACGACGUCAACGACCCGCGCCGCCUGACCCGACCGCUGUUCCAGUGGGCUAACACCAUGCUGGUUGUAUACUAUGAGCAGACUUUCGGGCGCAGCUGCAGCCAGGCCGCCGAGGCUCUUCGGCUCAAGGGCGUGUCGGAGCGGGAGGCCCGCGAGACACUGACGCCGCGCAACGGCGGCCCUGACCUGCCCGCCUACUAUGACCGACUGGAGCAGAGCAUACCGCACGUGUAGGGGGCAGGGGUUCAGGAGGCGGUGACGUCAAAGUACGUACAGGUGUUUCCAGCAUGGCCGAUGUGCGUGCUCCGCCCUGGCAGCAGGGUAGCUAGAGUAGCAUGGGUGCUAGGCACUAGGGCGAAUGGUUGUGCAUGGCGGCGGUCUGUUGUACGAUGAGAUUGAUGGAAGUCGUGAGAGCAGGUGUGCAUGGGCUGGGCUGUGUUGUCAUGCGCGUCAUACGGGUACUCGGGCACAUACCGGCUUUCCUCAACCUGACAGAGCUUUCAACAGAGUGGCUCGCCUCCGGUCUGGUGCCGGGCUUGCAUCUUCCAGGGUUGCCGGCGAGAAGGGCCCUAACCACAUUCUUGCGCACGGCAUCCAGUGGCCCCCAAAUACCUAGUUCCUAGCGUUUGGAGGACCUCCGCCACCCCGACCCCCUCCCCCGGAAAGGGUAAUUGGCGAGAUUCAGGGACCGUAUGCAGCCCCACGCGGCGCGAAUGUAACCCCAGAAAUGC